ACUCACCACUAUACUACAACGACUGGUUGACUCUCAUCAUGAAAUAGUUAAAAAAUAAUUAUAAACUCAAUCGGAUACAUCACCAUUUACAGCACAUCUGAUGAGUCAUAACGGACUCACUCAAACUCCACAACUCUUAAAAAUGGACGAUUUCUGAAACAAAAUCAGCCCAUUUUCAUCCUCCCUUUUUCUUCCCAAUCUCCUCCUCCGCCGUCAACGGAGAUUCCCAGCCCAUCAAAAUCUACCUCUAAAGUCUUGCAAAAAUCUCCACAAAAAUACACACACACAUAUAUAUAGCUACAGUAUUUUUAAGUAAAUAAACGAAUAUAUAAAUAAAAAAGUAGUCGACUUUCAUGAAUCGCAAAAGGACCGAAAGUCCGGUGUAUGCCCGCCAGCGGAGCGGAUCAAGCAGCAGCUCAUCUCCGGCCGGUUCGCCGGCGCAUCCUCGUUCCAGGCUGCCUCCGGCAGCCGCCGGCAUGUCGACCAUCAAGAGGACUCAGAACGUGGCGGCUAAAGCUGCGGCCCAGCGGCUGGCGCUGGUCAUGGCGUCUAAGACCCCCAACGAUGACGAAGAGGAUGAGGACGAUGAUCUAGGGUUCCGGUUCGGGCCUCCUCCUUCUCUCUCUAGCAACAGCAAUAUUAAUAGGAGCGACAGUGGUGGUCUCUCUGGGAUCGCGUUCUCUAAGCCGAAUAGAUCGCCAUCACCUGCGUUAGGACGCAACUUUAUGGAUGUCGCUCCUCCAGUUCGUUCCACAUCAGCUGGAAGACCUUCAAUGUCUGUCCGUACUGGAACAAAUACAGUCGCACCACCAAGUAAAUCCUCUUUGAAAACUCCAGUUACCAUCCCACCAAUAGAACCUCCUAGUAGCAGAUUAAGAGAGAAGAGGUUUGUACCUGAUGUUGGGCGUGACUUGAAUGAUUCCGCCAAACAGCAUGAGGCUUCUGCACUUCGUGAUGAACUUGAUAUGCUACAAGAAGAGAAUGAAGCAAUUUUAGAUAAGCUUCGUCGUGCAGAAGAAAAACGUGAAGAAGCAGAAGCCAGAGCCCGGGAGUUGGAGAAACAGGUUGCUUCGCUAGGGGAAGGUGUGUCAUUGGAAGCUAAAUUAUUGAGUCGGAAGGAAGCAGCUCUGCGACAAAGAGAGGCUGCUAUUAAAGCUGCAGCACAGACAAAGGAUGGACGAGAUGAAGAACUUGCAGCUCUUCGCGCAGAACUUGAGAACCAAAAAGAUGAGACUACAAGUGCUAUGGAACAGCUUAAUGAGGCUGAAACUGAAGCAAAAGCUCUUCGAGCAAUGACCCAGAGAAUGAUUUUGACGCAUGAAGAGAUGGAAGAAGUUGUUCUGAAGAGAUGCUGGCUUGCUCGCUAUUGGGGUUUAGCUGCGCGAUAUGGUAUAUGUGCAGAUAUAGCAGUUUCCAAGUAUGAAUACUGGUCAUCUUUAGCUCCUCUUCCCUUUGAGGUGGUUAUCUCUGCCGGUCAGAAGGCCAAAGAGAAAUCUUGGCAUGGUGGAAAUUACUCAGAUCGGAGCAAACCUGCUCGGGAUUUGAAUGAUUUAUCUGGGGAAGGAAAUAUUGAGAGUAUGCUUUCAGUGGAGAUGGGUUUGAGGGAACUGGCUGCCUUGAAGGUUGAGGAUGCUGUUGUGUUCGUAUUAGCCCAAAGUCGACGUUCAACUUUAGUUCGCCAAUCCUUCUCAGAUCCGAAAUCAUCUGGUGAACCAAAGUACACGGAUGCAGUUGAAUUGAGUCAAGAGGAGUCUGAAGAUGUUCUUUUUAAGGAGGCUUGGCUUACUUAUUUUUGGAGAAGAGCAGUAGCGCAUGGUGUUGAGGAGGAUAUUGCAGAAGAGCGACUUCAGUUAUGGAUAAGCCGCAGUGGACAAACCCCAACCUCACAUGAUGCUGUUGAUGUUGAAAGAGGUUUAACAGAGCUGAGGAAAAUGGGAAUCGAGCAGCAGCUGUGGGAGGCCUCAAGGAAGGAGAUCGGCCAACCUCCUUUUGCUAAUGGCAAACACAGUCCAGAAUCAGAAUCCUAGUUGUCGAUUCUUGAAAUCAUUUGCUGCCAAUUUUCUGUCCUUUAAUUCAACUUGUGUAUUUACAGGAUAUUCCGAAUCUGAACUCCCAAUAUAAGUUUUGGUGUUCUUUUACCCUGGCCUUCGUUUUACCGAACCAGAGAUUGCGUGUGUUGAGAGCAUGUAAAGCCAUUUGUAUUUGAACUUUAGAUGAUAAACUGAUAAUAUAUCCGUUUUUUUUUUA